AGGGUAAAAGGUACAACUUUGUGAGUAUAUAAAUAAACAUUAGCCUGCAGAUAUCAAUUGCAAAUUAAAACAAACAUGGCAGAUGAAGUGAAGCUUUACAGGACAUGGUCAAGUCCAUUUGGUUUGAGGAUCGUUUGGGCGCUGCAUAUCAAAGGGAUUGAAUACGAAGCCAUAUUUGAAGAUUUAACCCAGAAGAGCUCUGAACUCCUCCAGUAUAAUCCUGUUCACAAAAAGAUUCCUGUACUUGUACACAAAGGCAAACCAAUCUGUGAAUCACUGGUGAUUCUCGAGUAUAUCGAUGAGACAUGGAAGGAAACAGCUCCUUUGUUACCUCAGGAUCCUUAUGAGAAAGCUAUGGCACGUUUUUGGGCAAAAUUUGUGGAUGACAAGCUUCUGCCAUCAGUAUGGAGUGUUUUCACAGAAAAAGGAUAUGAGGCGAAAAAGGAAGCUUUUGUUCCAGCAGUGCAAAACCUAGAAAUCAUUGAAGAGCAAUUGAAAGAGAAGAAAUUUUUUGGUGGAGAAAGUAUAGGAUAUGUGGAUCUUGUACUUGGUUGGAUGGCGUAUCUUCUUGAUGUGUUUGAGGAGGUAAUCGAUCUGAAGUUGUUUGAUGCACACAAAUUUCCACUCUUAUCAGGAUGGAUGAAAAACUUUUCUGAUGCUCCGGCAAUCAAACAACACUUGCCACCACGAGACAAACUAGUAACCAAAUUCCAACUGCUUCAUGAAAAAUUUCAGACAGCAAAUUAAAUGGUGAAAAUUGCUGCAGUAUGUGUCUUAAUAUAGUUUAUGGAAAUCACAACAAACUGAUUGUGGAACUGUUUGUAUGAUCAAGUACUUUUGAAUGGUUUUUGGAUUAUGUAUCAAGAAUAAUAGAAGUUUUUCAUGGCAAUAUAUUUUUAAUCUUAUUAAUAA